GUUGGAUCAACUGAGCUACAGUGCAGGUAUAACCCGUUAACCCUCGACAUGGCUGUGAGCCCUCUUUUUCAGUUGAAAGCUUAGGGCUACCUCCCCCGUUACUUCCUCCAAUAAGCAAAUCGAAAGCUUCCCCUUAAACCCUUAAACCCAGCAACUUACGGCCAUACGACUAUCACUUGGAGCUGUACCAUGAAUAGGAGCAUGAAUAAGAAGAAGAAAGUUUCGUCUUCUUCUAAAAAGAAUAACAAAUUUGCUGAUCCGUUUUUCGAGUCAGAAGGGGGCGACAAGAAGCGCCGCCGCAGCAAGUUCCUGGAUGAUGACAUAGAGAGCAGCGAUGAUGACGGAGUCGACUUGUUCGAAGGUGAAGGAGGAGGGGAUGAUGCUGAAGAGGGUAAUGAAGUUGAGGAAAGUGUGGCCGAGAAGAAGAAGCGACUGGCUUAUACUUACUUGGAAAAGAUUAGGUCUAUUGCCAAGAGGGACGAGGAAGAUACACAAAGCGGGGACGAGAAUGAUAGAGAGGAAAUUGAUGGAAUGAGAGACUCUAUGGUUGCCAAAAUUUUGCAGCAGGAGCAGCUGGAAGAGAGCGGCCGCAUCCAAAGAGCCAUUGCUUCCAGAAUUCGGGAACCAGAACCUAAAGAUGGAUUUCGAAUUUUACUAAAACAUCGACAAGCAGUUACUGCUGUCACUCUCUCUGAAGAUGACUUGAAGGGGUUUUCAGCAUCCAAAGAUGGUACUAUAAUUAGCUGGGAUGUACAUAUGAAUGGGAAGAAAGAGAAGUACUCCUGGCCUAGUGAUGAAGCUCUGAAGUCUCACGGAUUGAAGGAGCCACAAGGUCGAGCUUCAAAGCAUAGUAAACAUGUUUUAGCAUUGGCUGUCAGCACUGAUGGCAGGUAUAUGGCAAGUGGGGGCAUGGAUCGUCAUGUUCAUUUGUGGGAUGUCCGAACACGAGAACAUAUUCGGGCUUUUCCAGGUCAUAAAGGACCAGUUUCGUGCUUAAUAUUUAGGCAAGGAACGUCAGAGCUAUUUUCAGGGUCAUUUGAUAGGUCAGUGAAGAUAUGGAAUGUUGAGGAUAGAGCUUAUGUAAACACAUUAUUUGGGCACCAAGGUGAAGUUUUAACAAUCGAUUCAUUGAGAAAAGAACGAGUCUUGACCGUUGGACGGGACCGAACCAUGCACUUAUUUAAGGUUCCCGAGGAAUCACAGUUUGUAUUCCGCGCUUCUGCUUCCCUAGAAUCCGGCUGUUAUGUCAACAAUGAUGAAUUUUUAUCAGGUUCCAGUGAUGGAAGCAUUGAGCAUUGGACCGUAAAGAAGAAGAAACCCAUUCAUGUUAUUAAAAAUGCACAUCCUUCUAUCACUGAACAAAAAAGUAUAGGAUUACUGUCAAAUGGUGACAUGGGAGAUGUUGCAUUAAACCCUGAAGGAAGCACUUCAUCUGCACUCUCCUGGGUUGGUGCAGUAGCCGUUUGUAGAAGCAGUGAUCUUGCUGCCUCAGGUGCAGGAAAUGGUCUAGUACGUCUUUGGAAACUUGAGAGUGAUUCCAGAGGCAUCUCUCCUUUGUUUGAGAUUCCAUUGGUUGGAUUUAUAAAUUCUUUAGCUUUUGCAAAAUCCGGACGUUUCCUUGUUGCGGGAGUUGGAAAGGAACCUCGAUUAGGAAGAUGGGGUCGGAUUGGCGAUGGCCAAAAUGGAGUAGCUAUGCAUUCUUUUGAGCUAGAGUGAAGUUGUUAGAUUGGUUUGGUCAAUCCAACUUCUGUUCAAAAUGUUCUCUAUACAACACCAAGUUAAGGCCCUUAUGGGACCUAAGUUUUGUAAGGUGGUCCACAAAUUUUCGAUUAUAGAAGGUCUAGCUCUGCAUACACGUGCUUUCUUAGAUGACUUCCAUGCCUUUUUGGAGGCUUAGGGUUUUCUUCUUUCUUAAUCGAUUUUCGAGAGUUAUAUGUAAGCAUCGUUAUUUUCGAGAGUUAUUUUGUUUGUAGCAUUGCCUUGAACUCUCCAUAGUUGCACAACUCAUCGUAUGGCCUGAAUUACUUAUUAAUUGUACAACUCAUUUUGCGGGUCUAAAGUAUUUGUUUGUUUUGCCAUUCCUUGUAAAAUGUGAUGUUCGGUUUGAGUUUUACUA